CACGUGCUCCUCCUGUCCUUCUGGCUGAACGUGCAUCCGCUGAGUGAACUGCCGACCCAUGGCAGCCCUUUUGAGACCUGCCCGCUGGCUCUUGGGUGCCGGGUCGUCCCUCCCGCUCUCCCUGCGUCUCCUCACGGGAGGCCCAGGUCGGCCGCACGCCGCCCCCUGUCUGCCCGCCGCUCGCGCCCGGCUUUUUGCGGGAAAACUACUAAGCCAAGUGAGGCUUUAUGCCAUUGUUGCUGAAAAAAAGAAUGAUCUUCAAGAGGAGCCUACUUCUUCUUCUAGAAGGAAUGCUAAUCAAUUUGAUUGGGCUCUAAUGAGACUGGAUAAUUCUGUCCGAAGAACUGGCCGCAUUCCAAAGGGACUUUUGCAAAAAGUCUUUGAUAGCACAUGUCGUUCAGGUAGCCCAGGUGGUAAUCAAGCCUUGCUUCUGUUGCGCAGCUGUGGUUCUCUCUUGCCUGAAUUGAAUCUUGCAGAGAGAACAGAAUUUGCUCAUAGGAUAUGGGACAAACUUCAGACACUGGGCACUGUGUAUGAUGUGAGUCACUACAAUGCUUUACUUAAAGUUUAUCUUCAAAAUGAAUAUAAAUUCUCACCUACUGAUUUCUUGGCAAAAAUGGAGGAAGCAAACAUUCAGCCAAAUCGAGUGACAUACCAGAGGCUGAUUGCUGCUUACUGUAAUGUAGGAGAUAUUGAAGGUGCCAGCAAGAUUCUUGGAUUUAUGAAAACUAAGGAUCUUCCAGUCACAGAGGCAGUGUUCAGUGCUCUUGUUACAGGGCAUGCAAGAGCCGGAGAUAUGGAGAAUGCAGAAAAUAUUCUCACUGUGAUGAAAGAUGCUGGAAUAGAACCUGGUCCAGACACAUUCCUAGCAUUACUGAAUGCAUAUGCUGAGAAGGGUGACAUUGACCAUGUUAAGCAGACUCUGGAGAAGGUGGAUAAGUCUGAAGUUUACCUUAUGGACCGUGAUUUAUUGCAAAUUAUCUUGAGCUUUAGUAAAGCUGGAUAUCCUCAGUAUGUCUCAGAAAUUUUGGAAAAAAUUACCUAUGAAAGAAGAUAUAUUCCAGAUGCAAUGAACAUCAUUUUGCUUUUAGUCACUGAAAAGCUGGAAGAUACAGCAUUUCAGAUUUUAUUAGCAUGCCCUAUAUCAAGAGAAGACAGCCCAAAUGACUUUGGCAGUUUCUUUUUACGUCACUGUGUGACUAUGGAUACGCCUGCAGAGAAGCUAACCAACUACUGCAAGAAGUUAAAGGAAGCCAGGAUGCAUAUGUCUCCUUUGCAGUUCACACUCCAUUGUGCUUUACUAGCCAAUAAAACAGACUUGGUAAAAGCUUUAAUGAAGGCCAUGAAAGAAGAAGGUUUUCCUGUCAGAGCUCACUAUUUCUGGCCAUUGCUAGCUGGACAUCAGAAGAAGAAAAAUGUUCAAGGUAUAAUUGAUGUCCUCAAAGGAAUGCAUGAAAUGGGAAUAAAUCCCGAUCAGGAGACUUAUGUAAAUUAUGUGUUUCCAGCCUUUGAUAGUAUAAAGUCAGUACGUGCUGUUUUACAGAAAAAUGAAUGUCUACCUGAAAGUAAUACGUUUUCUCAAGCUGAAUUGAAAAGUGAAGCUGUAAAUGGGAACUUGGACUACAUUUUAUCAUUUUUGGAAUCAAAUACAGAGCCUUUUUCAUUUAAUUCUUUGAGAGGUAGCCUGAUUCUAGGCUUUAGGAGGUCUAUGAAUAUAGAUCUUUGGAGCAAGAUAACAGAAUUGUUGUACAAGGAUGGACGUUAUUGCCAGGAGCCUCCAGGACCAACGGAAGCUGUUGGCUAUUUUCUUUAUAACUUGAUUGACAGCAUGAGUGACUCAGAGGUACAGGCCAAGGAGGAGCGUUUGAGACAAUACUUCCAUCAGCUGAAGGAGAUGAAUAUAAAAAUUCCUGAAAGUAUCUACAGAGGCAUUCGAAAUCUACUGGAUAGCUACCAUGUUCCUGAAUUGAUUAAGGAUGUUAAUAUGAUGGUUGAAAGAAAGAAGAUAGACUCUCGUAAAUCUCAGCAACUUACACCAUCUGAUUUGGAGUCUACACUUGAAAAUCUAAAAGCUAAAAAUCAACCUAUAGGAGAUGUCCUAAAGCAACUGAUAUUAAUGCUUUGUUCAGAAGAGAAUAUGCAAAAAGCCCUUGAAUUGAAAGCAAAAUAUGAAUCAGACAUGGCUGUUGGUGGCUAUGCAGCUUUAAUAAAUUUGUGCUGUAGACAUGAUAAUGCAGAAGAUGCACUGAACUUGAAGCAAGAAUUUGACCGUUUAGAUCCAUCUGCUGUCCUUGACACCAACAAGUAUGUAGGCCUCGUAAAAGUAUUGGGAAAGCAUGGCAAGCUCCAAGAUGCUAUUAACAUUCUAAAGGAGAUGAAAGAGAAGGAUGUUCUUAUCAAAGAUGCAACAGUCUUGUCCUUUUUCCACAUCCUAAAUGGUGCUGCUUUAAGAGGUGAAAUUGAAACAGUAAAACAGCUGCAUGAAGCCAUCGUCACUCUAGGGUUAGCAAAACCAUCUACCAACAUAAGUUUCCCAUUGGUCACUGUACACCUGGAAAAGGAUGACUUGUAUGCUGCUCUUCAAGCUACCAUUGACUGCUAUGAAAAGUAUAAAAUAUUACCAAGGAUUCAUGAUGUCUUAUGUAAACUCAUAGAGAAAGGCGAGACAGAUCUAAUCCAGAAAGCAAUGGACUUUGUGAGCCAAGAACAAGGUGAAAUGACGAUGCUCUAUGAUCUCUUCUUUGCUUUCCUACAAACAGGAAAUUACAAAGAGGCCAAGAAGAUCAUUGAGACACCAGGCAUUAGAGCUCGACCUACAAGACUUCAGUGGUUUUGUGAUAGAUGUAUCACUAGUAAUCAGGUUGAAGCUCUGGAAAAAUUAGUGGAGCUGACACAAAAGCUAUUUGAGUGCGAUAGAGACCAGAUGUACUUCAAUCUGCUAAAACUAUACAAAGCAAAUGGUGACUGGCAAAGAGCUGAUGCUGCCUGGAAUAAAAUGCAAGAAGAAAACGUUAUUCCUCGUGAGAAGACAUUAAGAUUAUUAGCAGAAAUCCUUAAAAACAGUAACCAGGAAGUUCCAUUUGAUGUUCCUGAGAUGUGGUAUGAAGAUGAUAAACAUUCCCUGACUAUUUCUUCAUCACCCUCACCUGUGGAAACUAAUCUAGAGAAAGAUUUGUUGAACACCUGCCGAAUGAAGAGGAACAGAGAUGCAUAUAAUAUCUUCCUGAAAGCACAAAGGCAAAACAUUGUAUUUAGCAGUGAAACUUACAACAAACUAAUACAAUUACUGUUGUCAAAGGAUAGUUUUCCACAGGCAAUGCAAGUUAAAGAUUUCGCUGAGACCCACAUCAAGGGCUUCGCACUGAACGAUGCUGCCAACAGCCUCCUCAUCAUAACGCAAGUUAGGCGGGAUUAUUUGAAAGCUGCUCUAACAACUCUGAAAACAGCCUUGGAUUUGAAGCAGAUUCCCUCUAGAUUGUCAGUGACCCGCCUUAUCCAGGCAUUUGCCUUGAAGGGUGACAUACAAAGCAUAGAAGCAAUUCAGAAGAUGGUAAAUGGACUUGACUCAAUUGGACUCUCCAACAUGGUUUUCAUCAAUAACAUUGCUCUGGCACAAAUAAAGAACAAUAACAUCGAUGUUGCCAUAGAAAACAUUGAAAAUAUGCUUACUUCAGGGAAUCAAACCAUAGAACCUCAGUACUUUGGCUUGGCAUAUUUAUUCAGAAAGGUAAUAGAGGAGCAGAUAGAACCAGCAGUUGAAAAGUUAAGCAUCAUGGCAGAGAGAUUGGCCAAUCAGUUUGCAGUUUAUAAACCUGUCACCGAUCUUUUCCUUCAGCUCAUGGGUUCGGGCAAGGUGGAUGAUGCCAGAGCUCUCCUACAGAGAUGUGGAGCAAUUGCUGAACAAACCUCAAUUUUGUCACUAUUCUGUAUCAGGAGUUCUCAGAAACCAGGAACGGCACCAGUUCUGACGUCUUUAUUAGAAUUGAUUCCUGAAUUAUGUGAAAAGGAGGAAGCAUACUCUUCUACCAUGAAAAGCUAUGUCUUGGACAAAGAUGUUGCAUCAGCUAAAGCACUCUAUGAACGUUUGACUGCAAAGAACAUAAAGUUGAAUGAUCUGUUUCUAAAACGUUAUGCGGUUUUGCUGAAGCAUGCUGGAGAACCUGUCCCUUUCACUGAGCCUCCUGAAAGCUUUGAAUUUUAUAUAAAGCAGCUAAAGGAAUCAAAGGAAACCCCUUCAUGAAAUGAACAGUCACUGCAUUGUUUUGUGUGUAUUUGUGAUCCUGUGUCUAAAUGUUAUUUUUAAGAUGUACUUGACAGGAAAAAAUAAAUAAAUGAAAAAUUA